AUGGUUGUGAGCGAUCAUUUUGCGCUGUGCAAAGCAGCUCUCAUUUUUGCAGUGACUAGAUGGCUAUUGUCCUUUGCUCUUAAUCUCCUGAAUCCUAUGGCUCUUUUCUCAACUUCUUCGGAUUCCUUGGCACAAACUUUCUUAAGAAGAAACCCAGUUUCUCCGUCAUCCUCGGCCAAUUUGAAGUUGGUUAAGGACAGUCUAAGCUCGACCACCUUCGGAAACAUCCAAAAUAGGCUGCCGGAAAACUGCGAUAAGUCAUGCGCAGUAUGUUUAAACCAGUUGAAGAAGAAAAGCCAGGUGUGUGAGCUCAGAAACUGCCGCCACGUCUUCCACAAGCAGUGUCUUGAGAAGUGGCUGUCUUAUGAUGGCUGCCCGUUAACAUGCCCGCUUUGCCGAGCUUCUCUACAGCCUACGCCGCUGCCGGAGCCACCGCACUGGGCGGUGGACCGUAUGCUAUAUUUAUUUGGUGAUGAUAUGCUUACGUGA